GACAGUAAUCGUUCUCAUUGCGGCAGAAAUCCUCGUCGCAGGAAUUAACAUCGUCGUUGAUCUCUAUGCGGGUGUUGAAUAGAAACGUCACUAAUGGGUUUACGCUGUCGAACAUGCUACGGCACUUUCUUUUUUUUCCUCAUCGUUCUUCUUCAUUUACUAUCGGGCAGACUGUUUCAUUCUUUUCCCCCCAUUCAUUUCUUUUCUAUUUCCCCCCCAUCUGUCUAUUCUUCCUACGGAGUUGGGUACAGCGCGGGCAGGCUUGCAUCAUCAUCCAACACCACACAUCACACAUCGAAAAAUUGCCAUCACUCCAUACACAACACUUGCAGCAACAGCAACAGCAACAACAGCAAAACAACAUUCCAUGUAUCAUAUAAUUUCUACCAUGUUAAUAUGGAGAAUCGAAAGGCUCAAAUAUGAUUCUACCCCUUGAAUGAACAUCCAUCGCUCAUGUAUCCUUGAGUACAUAUAAUCAAAGGUCCACUGCUCCUACCCUCGAAGAUUUAUGACAAUAGAUUCAAGUGUAUCCAUGUUGAAAGGAUGUGUGUUGUAUAAUGCAAGUAAAUGGUAAAAAGAGACAGACCCAUAUCGCGUAAACAGAUAGUGAACAAC